GGUUUGAGACACAAAAACACUGAUCCAAUAUCAAUAUGUAAUUUUAUUUCAGAGUGUUGUGCGUUGUCUUUGGCAUCCCAAGCUAAACCAGAUCAUGGUUGGUACAGGAAAUGGAUUGGCUAAAGUAUACUAUGAUCCAGUCAAAAGCCAGAGGGGAGCAAAAUUAUGUGUGGUUAAAACAAAACGAAAAGCCAGACAGGCAGAGACUCUUACACAGGAUUACAUUAUAACACCUCAUGCCCUUCCAAUGUUUCGUGAACCACGGCAACGAAGUACCAGGAAACAGUUGGAAAAGGAUAGGCUGGAUCCCCUGAAAUCUCACAAACCAGAACCUCCAGUAGCAGGACCAGGUCGUGGGGGCCGUGUUGGAACUCAUGGAGGUACAUUGUCAUCAUACAUAGUCAAGAAUAUUGCACUGGAUAAGACUGAUGAUAGCAACCCCCGAGAGGCCAUUUUACGACAUGCAAAGGAAGCUGAGGAUAACCCCUACUGGGUUGCUCCAGCCUAUUCUAAGACUCAACCAAAAGCAGUUUUUGCAGAAGUGGAAUCAGAGGAAGAUGAAACAGACAACAAGCCAGAGUGGAAAAAACGUAAAAUAUGAAGAACUUGAUUUGGGGGAGGGUGACUGUGGAUUCAAAACAAAGUUGAGAGGUUUUCAUUAUGCAAUAAAAGGUUGAAUUCUUUACAAACAGAAAUUCUUUUAAUGCAUUGCACAAUUUCCAAUAAGCCGACCGAAGAUGAUUGUUGUAUUACAUUGGACUAGAAUUGUUGAUCUGCCUUUUGUAAUAAGGAGUUAAUUAUAUUAUGCAAAAAUCUUAUGUCAUUUUCUUAACUUUUGAUUUAUAAAAAAAGUAUUUGUUUUUGUAAUUUUUAACCAGAAUACAUCGUCAAUGAUUAACGAGAAAGAAGCAUUUUACUGUAAUAUUCCAUCUGAGGAUUUUAAGUAAGAACAUAAAAACUGGAGUUUUUCAGGCUUCUUUUAUUUAUUCCAAUAACAUCUAUUAAGCUGUGUAAAAAAGUUAUGAUUUCACAUUUUUUAGGAAUGUCAAUUUAGGAUAAUUCUUAGGCGUCUGGUUUGUUUAGCUGGUGUGUUAAGUUUUGUAAAACAUCCAAUAUUUUCUAGUAUUUAUGGCUUAUCUGAAAUAUGUUUCUUUUGAAUUGUACAGUAUCUCACAGUACUGGUAAAGAUUUUAUUUUAUAAGCCAUAUGGAGUAAGAAUGUACAAUUCUGUAUAUUGUCUGAAUUAAAACAUUGUACACUUGUUACUUUUCUUUUUCUAAUUUUGUAUGGAUUAUUCAAAGUUAAAUAGAUUUUGUUCAAUCCUCCUAACUCUAUUGUUGUAUAUUCAUAAGUAAUAACACUUGAUAAUGCAUGUUUGUUAGUCAAUAUACAGAUAGACUUGGGCUUGCUGAGGUGUAUAGCUGAACUGUGCAUAUAUUGGCUGACAAAGUUACUUUCUAAAGUGUGGUAUUACCUUUAUAAAAUGGUGGUAUUUACCACCAAGUUACUAUGGUAAAUAUUACUAAGUAAACAAGAGAGAGAGAGAUUUAAAAAAACAAAAACAAACCAACUUCUUUAAGGCAAAUAAAGAGGAAGCUAGAUCA